GUUCUGUUCGGGAGCGACGGGGAUGCACGCGCACUUGCGUCGCUCUUGCGCCGAGGGCGCCGUGUUACGUGUGUGGUAGAGGGGUGGAGAGGGCGGUCCUCCCGCCGAUAGCAGCGCGCGAAGCUCUGACAGGCGAGACGCAUUCGGAGCAGUAUAUAAUCGACGUGCGGCGUCGCGCUCCGUUCGCAGGUGUGGAGAGAGUGACGUAGGUCAUGGCAGGUCUUCUUCAGGACGCGACGUGCGCGCUGAUCGUCACCCUGGCGGCGGCGACGGCGCGUAUCUCCGCGGACUGCGACUACUACCAGCGGGUGACCGACUACGCCAGCUACUCCAUCUACUCGCCCGGCUACCCGAACUCCUACCCAGGCGACACCAACUGCCGCUGGUACGCCGUGGCCGCCUCGGGCAGCCGCCUCUACCUCGACUGCAGCAUCUCCAUACCCAGGAUGGCGAACUGCACCCAGGACCGGCUGAGCGUGUCGUUGACGGGCAAAACGUCGCUCGACGACGCCGAGUACUACUGUGGCGCGGGGACCUUCAGCGUGAUGUCCACCUCGAACGCCAUGAACGUGGUGCUGCAGUCCUCGUACUACUCGCAGGGCGGCCUCUUCUUCUGCAACCUCACAGCGCUGCCUGACUCCGCCACCUCGACCACCACCACAACCACCGCCACUCCCUCCUGCUCCUGCGGCUGGAGGAAGACGACGAGGAUAGUGAACGGAGAGACGACAGGCAUGAACGAGUUCCCCAUGAUGGCCGGGCUGGUGGAGCUGACGCAGAGGAACGUGUUCUGCGGCGCCACCAUAGUGGCGCGGCGCUACGUGCUGACGGCGGCGCACUGCCUCGUCAAGAAGCAGACCAGCGACGUGGUGGUGCUGGUGGGCGAGCACGACAUCAAGACAGGUAACGACACCAACGCAGCGCGGGUGUACCAGGUGAGCAGGUUCAUCGCACACCCCGGCUACAACACCUACACCCAGGCAAACGACUUCGCCGUGAUCCAGGUGGCGCAGGAGAUCUUCUUCAGCCUGGAGGUGGGCCCGGCCUGCCUCCCGUGGGGCACAACCUACGCGUUCACCAACGACUACGUCGAGGCCCUGGGCUGGGGGCUUCUGUCGUUUGGAGGAGAGGCUCCCACGGCUCUGCAGAAAGUAGCCCUCCGGGUGAUCAGCAACAGCCAGUGCUACCAAGUGUUCAACAGCACGAUAACCGACUCCAUCAUGUGCACCUACACGCCAGGCAAGGACGCGUGUCAGUCGGAUUCAGGAGGUCCUUUGCUGUGGCAGAACCCACGUAAUGGUAGAUUGUUUCUAGCUGGGAUCAUCAGCGUUGGAAUUUCAUGUGCAGCUGAAAAGCCUGCUAUUAACACCAGGGUCACAUCUUUCCUAUCGUGGCUCGCUGAAGCGACACCAGAUGCUGAUUACUGUGUCGCAGAACUCAACUGAAAUCGACGAAGAACUAAAAUAAAUCUCUUUAAAAUUUCUGCUGGUUUAAAAACUGCUAUUACAUCACACAUCAAUGCCAAACUGCCGUCCACCAUAGUCAGCACGUACCUCGCAUCACUGGAACAUGCAUGCCCCACUCCGACCACAACCUGUGCAACUACAUCCAGGCUAAUGCAGAGACAAAAGGAUGUAAUAGUACAGAACUGAAGCAUCUUCAGAGCUGAUAUCCUGCUUAGCCAUGGGAUAUCAUGACCUAAACUUGAAAUACAGAUUCAAGCCCUACUAUCAUACUACAGCACAAUAUGAUUAGAAUGCACAAAGCAGUUUUUAAUUACAAAAAAAAAAAUGUAGUUUCUGAGUUGCUUUGCAGAUUUUUUUUUUAAAUUAUAAAUCAUAUUUUUUCCAAAGGAAGCCAACCACCAUUAAACUCUAGGUUUUAAAGUCGAUUUAAGGUAAAAUAAAUUACUUUGAGUAAAAAUUUAUGUCGCGGUUUAUUUUGACGUAAAUCUCUACCUUCUAAGCCCUAUUUAUAGAAAAAUUGGUAAUUGAAUGGAAAGAUUUUCAACCCACAGACAUACUACUUCUCUAUGUAGAAAACUUUAUAUUUAUGGAUGUAUGAUAGUGUCAGUUACUUUUUAAACACAGGAACUUUUGCUAUACUUAAACAUUACUACUAAUUGGGCAAUUUGUUCCAGCAAUUUUAAUAAAUGUUGACAAAAUUAAUUUUUCAAUUGCGAAGGGAUGAAACUAGAAAAAUUAAUGACUAAAAUUUAUUUUAAUCUAGAUUUAAGAUUCUUUACGGAAAAAUGAAUAUUGUCAAUACUAAAUUCUAUUCUAAAAAGCCAACCUGUUCAAAAGACCUUUGUGUAAUAAUAAAAAAAAACAUUACAACACACCAUGUAGCCAUGUAGCAUGUAUAUUAAUAAGCCUUCUGCUCCAGAUUUAACACAGUUACUAAGCAAGAAACCACAGCAGUCCAUCACACAAUAUUUCUGAUGGAACUCCAAGGUAAUUAUAACAAUAAUUUGUGUCCGGAUUUGCUAGAGAAUCUGCUUCUAAUAAAUACAAGAUCAAUUAUUGUAAAAUAUAAUUAAUUUUCACAACCCACUUUAACUCUGCAUUUUAUUAUAAGCUAAAUGCUAAAAUGAUAUCCAUAUUUAAAGGAAUAAAAUUUCAGUUAUUUGAAUAAGGUUUGAGUAUAAACAUGUUUUUUUUUUGUUAAAAAAAAAUUAACAUGCAUAUAAGUGUUACAUUGUGAAUGAAUUUGUGUUUCAGAGUUAUCUCUGCACAAGCUCACAUUCCGAUUACAUUUCAUUAAUUACAGAUUCAAAUUAUGUAUUAAAAUAAUUAUUUCUUAAAGUUUAAA